AUGGGCCGCCGGAGUCGAACAGAGAAAGGCAGAGACAAGCCUAAACCUCAGCAGCAUCGCGACGAAUGGGUCGCGACAAUGACAGUAGUGUUGCCUUCCGACGCCCACGCCCAUGCCAGCAUUGGCGCUCUCCUCCAUCGCCGGUUGCAGUGUUUGAGUGGGUCGUCGGCGUCGAGAAGAGAGAAGGAAGAGAUGCUCUUAAAGGCUUCAAAUUGGUUGUUUUUCACAGCCAGAUGGAGAGAAGUUUCACCACGUGCCGUCACUUCUCUUAUGCUAUCUUCACUGGCUGAAAUCAGUUCUUUAAUGACUUGUAUUCUGCCUUUGAUCGCUGCAUAG